AUGGUGGUGAAGAGUAAUUCAUUCACUGAAAAUUGGAUAAAUCGCCCUUCAAUAAACAAAAAGAUAUAUAGGAAUGGUAAUAAUAAUGAAAAUGAUGUUUUAGUUAAUACAUAUCAAUACAGCUGGGACAAUUUUAUUGUAAAAGUUUUGUGUUGUACUGUGACCAAAAAUCCAACCAUUAUAAUCGUUAUUCAUUCUGCCACCAGUUACUUCAAACAACGUGUAUACUUACGAUCGACGUUUUUACAAACUGUUUGGAUUUCCAUCCAACAAUUUCAAGUGAAAUUCAGUGCAGCUAUCAAAAGCCACUCAUUGGGCUUUAAUUACGUUUCACGUUUUGAUAAUUGCAAUAUUUCAAUUAAAACGAAAGAUACACUCUUCCCAACAAAUGACAUCCGAUAA